AGGAAGGUCUAAACUGAUCACAACGUUAUCAACUCUUCCAUAGCAAUGAGGACAGUUAUAGUUCUCGCCGCAGUGACCAUUGCUUGCGUUAGCGCAGCCAGUUUAGAUGCCGUGGUUCGACCAGCAUUGCCUGAAGGACGUAUUAUCAAUGGUCAUCCUGCCACCAAGGGUGAGGCUCCAUUCAUUGUAUCCCUGAAGACAAGCUUCCACUUUUGUGGCGGUUCGAUCAUCGACAAACAUUGGGUGCUGACUGCCGCCCAUUGCUUAAUUUUUGCUCAGUUCGAGGUUGUUGCUGGUUUGUACGAACGCUCUGAUGAAUCGGAUGUCCAAAUCCGGGAAGUUAGGUACAAUGAAACAUUUGCCCAUGAGCUGUAUGGCGGCGAUGUUGGUCCCUACGAUAUUGGACUCAUCUAUAUCGAAAAAGCCUUUGACUUGAAUGCUUUAUCCAGCAUUGAAUUGCCUUCUGGCAAAUAUGAUAUCGAGGGUCGCGGCAAGCUCUUUGGUUGGGGACGAGACAACUCUGGAUUUCUAUCCGAGGUCCUGCAAACAUUGGACGUGGAUAUUAUUGGUUAUAGCGAGUGUAAGGCCGCCGUACCCAUCACCUCUCCCUUGGAAGAAGGCAAUAUUUGCACCUAUACUGCUGGCACAACGGACGGUGCAUGUAACGGUGACUCUGGCGGACCUUUGGUCAUAAACACCAAGGAAGGUUACGAAUUGGCAGGAAUUGUAUCUUGGGGGUACAAACCCUGUUCUACCACCCAGUAUCCAUCGAUCUACACUGACGUCUCAUGGUACAAGCAAUGGAUCGGCGACAAAAUGAAAACAAUACAUUUUCUAUAAUGUAGUCCAAUGAAUGUUUAAACAAAUAAAAAUAAAAAAUACUCUUUUAAGAG